AUGGCUACCUCACACCCUGAAUUCAAUGAGAAGACCACGGCCACGGAAGUCGCACAGACUUUUGCAAGCGAUAUCCGAGGCAAAAAUGUUAUUAUUACGGGCGUUGGUCCCAAUAGCUUGGGUGAAGCACUCGCCCUUGCCAUAGGAAGCCAAAACCCAGCGAACCUAAUUCUUGCCUCGCGCACGGAGACUAAAGUCGAAGAGGUGGCCAAGAAUGUCCGAGAACAGAAUCCAGGUAUUUCGAUAGCGGUGAUUGCCUUGAAUCUCGCCUCUCAGAAAUCAAUUCGUGCGGCGGCGUCGAAAAUCCAGGGUCUAGUCGAUCGAGUCGACACCUUAAUCAACAAUGCCGGAAUGAUGGUACUUGACCGCGAGACAACAGAAGAGGGAAUAGAGAUGCAGUUUGGCACAAACCACAUCGGGCACUUUCUCUUUACAAAUUUGCUCAUGGCCCAACUGAAGAAUGCUGCCAAAGCUUCUGGGCGUGGAUCCACUCGCGUUGUCAACGUGACCAGUGCCGGCCAUCGACUAUCUCCUAUUCGGUUCCACGAUUAUAACUUCGAGGGCAAAGAAGUUCCUGUAGAUGAAAGACCUCCAGGAGGGGUUGCCACCCAUUCCAAAACGGCCAAUAUCCUCUUCACGGUUUAUUUGACAAAACACCUAGCCACUGCUGGUAUUGUUUCGUAUAGUGUGCACCCUGGCUCUAUCUGGACUGGUCUAAGUCGGGGUCUUGAUGACGCUGGCCACGAUACGAUGUCGAAGACCAGUAAUGUCUGGAAAUCCGCUGAUCAAGGUGGAGCUACAAUGCUUGUAGCUGCUUUUGACCCCGCUUUGACAGAUGUAUCCGAUCCAUCGGCUAUCUAUCUGAGUGAUUGUCAAUUCGCCAAAACUGCACCUCAUGCAGUGAAUAUGGAUGCCGCUGAGAGACUCUUUGAAUUGAGCGAGGAGCUAGUAGGAACGAAGUUUGAUCUGUGA